AUGUUUUGCAUUUGUGGAACACUGGUUUACGUAAGAUCAGAUAGCAGCAGGGUAGAGUGCCCAAGAUGCAAGAGGGAAAACAGUGUCGCUAUGAUCAAGCCUACAUAUACGGAGGUUAAGGUCCAAAGGGAUCUGCACAUAGAAGCCGUUGAUGUCCAGGGUGCCAAGAUCAAGCACAGAUGUCCUGCAUGCGGUGCUGAGGAGAUGAUGUACAAUACUGCACAGCUGAGGUCCACUGACGAAGGCCAAACGGUCUUCUACUCCUGCAAGUGCGGAUAUAGACAGACAGUUCAAUCGUGA